UUGGCCGCGCCAGGAGCUCAGUCUCUCCUGGGCCGAGGGGCUGGACGCGGCCAGGACGCCUUAGGAGGACUCCUGGCACCGGCCGGGGGGACAGUCGUCAGGACAGCGGCCCCACCCUCCGGAAAAGUGGGGGCAGAAGUUUGGAGGUGAGCGCCGGGAGCCCCGCGCGCGGCUGUUACGCAGGACUGGACCUCGGUUUCUUCUGGGGCGGACCAGGGCCACUGCCCCGCUAGCUGAGGCCACUGCCCCGUAAGACUGCCGGAGCUCCCAGCGCCUGUGCGGGGCUCCAAGGGAGGCCGUGGUCAUGGUGAAUGAAGGUCGCAACCUGGAGGAGCGCGAUGGUACCCUUGAGCAGCAGUCCGAGCCGCCGGCGGACCCCAGCGCUCCCGCCCCACCUGCCAUCCCCACUGACCCCAGCGUCUCGACUCAUCCCAGCGUCUCGGCCCAUCCUAGUGUCUCAGCUCAUCCCAGCGUCUCGGCUCAUCCCAGCGUCUCGGCCCAUCCUAGUGUCUCGGCCCAUCCUAGUGUCUCGGCUCAUCCCAGUGUCUCCUUCCACCCCAGCGUCUCUGCCAACCCCAGCGGCUCAGCCUUCCCCAGCACCGUCGCCCACCCCGGUGACUUGACCCAACCCAGUAGCUCCGGCCGCGAGGACCUCAGUACGAUCAAGGUGAGCAGGCGCCGUUGGGCGGUGGUCCUGGUGUUCAGCUGUUACUCCAUGUGCAACGCCUUCCAGUGGAUCCAGUACGGCUCCAUCAAUAACAUCUUCAAGCACUUUUACGGGGUCAGUGCCUUUGCCAUCGACUGGCUGUCCAUGGUCUACAUGCUGACCUACAUCCCUCUGCUACUGCCGGUGGCCUGGCUGCUGGAAAAAUUUGGCCUUCGCAACAUCGCCCUCAUGGGCUCCGCUCUCAAUUGUCUGGGGGCCUGGGUGAAGUUAGGGAGCCUGAAGCCACAUCUCUUCCCGGUCACCGUGCUGGGCCAGGUCAUCUGCUCGGUGGCCCAGGUCUUCAUCCUGGGCAUGCCCUCCCGCAUCGCUUCAGUCUGGUUUGGGGCUAAUGAAGUCUCCACGGCCUGCUCCAUAGCUGUCUUUGGCAACCAGGUUGGAAUUGCGAUUGGGUUCUUGGUCCCUCCUGUUCUGGUGCCCAAUUCCAAAGACAAGGACAAGCUUGCCUACCACAUCAGCAUCAUGUUCUACAUAAUAGCAGCUGUUGCCACCCUGCUUUUCAUCCUUGUCAUCAUUGUAUUCAAGGAGAAGCCUAAACAUCCCCCCAGCAGGGCCCAAUCCCUGAGCUAUUCCUUAGUACCGGAAACUUCGUACUUAAAUCCCAUCAUCCGGCUCUUCAAAAACCUCAACUUCAAGCUGCUUAUCAUCACCUAUGGUCUGAAUACUGGGGCUUUUUAUGCCUUGUCCACUCUGCUGAAUCGCAUGGUGAUCUUGCACUUUCCGGGGGAAGAAGUGAAUGCUGGAAGGAUAGGCCUGACCAUUGUCAUUGCUGGAAUGUUUGGGGCUAUGAUCUCAGGUAUCUGGCUGGAUAGGUCCAAAACCUACAAGGAGACAACCCUGGUGGUGUACGUCAUGACUCUGGUGGGCAUGGUGGUGUACACUUUGACCUUGCCCCUCCAGCAUCUGUGGGUAGUGUUCAUCACCGCUGGCACAUUGGGGUUCUUUAUGACUGGCUAUCUCCCACUGGGAUUUGAGUUUGCUGUGGAGCUGACAUACCCAGAAUCGGAAGGCAUAUCGUCUGGCCUCCUCAACGUGUCUGCCCAGGUAUUUGGGAUCAUCUUCACCAUCUCCCAGGGCCAGAUAAUCGAAAACUAUGGCACCAUGCCCGGGAACAUCUUUCUGUGUGUGUUCCUCGCCCUUGGAGCGGCCCUCACUUCACUCAUCAAGGCAGAUCUACGGAGGCAGAAAGCGAACAUGGAAUUUCCCGAGAAUAAACUCCAGGAGGAGGAGGAAAAGGUGGAGAAUGUGGAGAAAGCAGACAAUGUCACCAGCAAAGCACCCACCACUUUGUCUGAGGAGCAUCUCUGAGACAAGAAGGGGUUUGCAACUCAGGGAACACGGAUACCCCCACCUCUUCCGUCAACAUAGCUCACUGCCAGCGCCAGGGUCUUCACAGGGGCAGCUUGUGGAGGGAACCAGCUGGAAUAUUUGUGGCUUGGACGGCAGUGCCUAGCUUCUGGAACCUACUCAAGAGCCUGCACGGUCUAGUUGGGGGAAAUCGCACCUUUCACCAAAUGCAGAUUCGAUUCCCGCCCCUCCCCUUGUAGGUUCUGGGACCUGGUGUUGGGAGAGGCUGGUGAGUCGUGGAGUCAGUCCUGGCUUUGUGCCUUGCCUUCCCUCUUCACCUCCAUCCCUCAUGGAGAAAGCCUGCAAAACUGUCAUGGAAAGAAAGCUUAUUCAGAUAUUAACUUUUUCUAGUGUCUCAAGACCCUUAGAAGCCCAGUUCUAAGGAGCGGCAGCUGCGCUGGAUGAGGGUCAUUCUGGGGUCAUUGGACUGACCGCCAACAUUCUGUGGGAGAGAAAGUACCAUCGGAACAAACCCGCGGGUCCUCUGGGCCUCUGUUCUCCUGGCCUAAAGUUGGGGGCUGUCUCCAAACCCUCUUUCUUAAGAGCUGAUCAAACCAAACAUCAAUAAAACUUGAGAAAGA